AUUUUUGCUCUGACAUGACAAGCCAAUGACGCAAACUCUACCUGUCGAAAGAUGUUUCUAACAUAACAACCUAAAACAGAAACUGUAUUUAUACAAAUUUUGAAUUAAAAGUUUCAAACAAUUAAAUAAUAUUUUUAUCUAUCGAAAUGGGAAGCACUUCGAAAGAUCUUGAGAAGCUUUGUAGGGCCUGCUUGAGUGAUACAAACGAAAUGGUAGCCCUGGAUUCCUCUAGUGUUCAUGAAUGUAUAAGCAUUCUAGAAAUGUUUAAGCAUAUUACAAAUCUAGAGGAUAUGGAACUAUGGAAGGGUUUAUAUCCAUCAUAUAUUUGUACAGUUUGCAGUAAAAAUGUUGUUGAUUCUUAUAAUUUCAAAAAAACUUGUCUAGAGUCAAAUCAACUGAUUGAGGACAGACUUCGGCGAAUGACAGAUAAUCUUUCUGGAAAAAACACUGUUGAGGAAGAAAUCAAGCAAUUUAAAAAUGAUAAUGAAGAAAUAGAAAGUUCUGAUGGAGAAGCUAAAAUUGAUUUACCAACAAAUGAUACAGAUAACGAUGAUACUAGCAGCAGUAGUGAUUCAGACUUUCAAAUUAAAGUUGAGAAAAAAAAAAUAAGAAAAACCUGUGCCAAGAAAGGAACUAAAGAUAAGAAAAAAGUCAAAUCAGAAAAGUUUGACACUAAACUAGUUUUAGAAGAGAUUGCAGAAUUCAGAGAGAAUCAUAGGCAUAAAUAUCAAAAAACUUGCAUGUUUUGUCAACUUGAAACCGUUUCUUAUAUUGCUUUAGCCACCCACAUAGCUAACUUUCAUAAGGAAUAUAAAGGAAAGUGGUGCUUUAUGUGCAGUCAAGUAGUUGAAGAUUUAGAAGAGCAUAAGAAAGUUCAUGCCGAUAUGGAAAAUGUUGUUUGUAAAUUUUGUUCAAGAACCUCGAAACCAACAGGUUAUGUCAGUCAUUUGAAAACACAUUUAGCAUCUAAGCCCUUUCAAUGUACAUACUGUCAAAGAGGUUUCAUGAGAAUGGACAGCCUUCAGACUCACCUGAGAGCUCAUGCUGAUGAAAAACCUUACUUAGAUGAGAGACCUCACAAAUGUGUAAACUGUGGUGCUGCUUUUGCAGAUUCAAAAACUCUAAGUUGGCAUGCUGCAAAACAUGGAUCUUUUAAGUGUGAUAAUUGUUCUAUGAGAUUCAAGUAUAAAAAAAGAUUACAUGAACAUGAGUGUAAAAAUAAUAAAGAAGGUUCAGAUGUUAUUAAUGGAAAUAGGAUAAAAUCAGAACAGAUGGAAUUUAAUCAGGAUAUUAUGCAAGAUUUAGAUGGCUUCAUACCUGAAGAUGAAAAAGUAUCCUUGCCUAACUUUUGUCAUCCCUGCAACAGAAAGGUGAAAGAUUUACUUAUACAUUCUCAUCUUUAUCAUUCAAACACUUCUGAGAAUCCAAAUGAAUUUCAGUGUUUUGUUUGUAAGAAAACUUACGAUACAAAGUCUAAAUUAAGAAAUCAUUUUCGAACUCAUGAAGAAAAAUUAUAUAGUUGCAAACAGUGUGACAAAAAAUUCAAAUCUCCUUCUCAGAUGAGGCUACAUGAACAAAUCCACUCCACAGAUAGACCAUUUGUAUGUAGUGUUUGUGGAAAGACUUUUGGUAGAGCGAGUACAUUGAAAACUCACAUGAUUGGACACACAGAAAAACCUGAAGUCUGUGAGUUGUGUGGAAAACGAUUUUGUAGACCUGCUGAAUUGAAACUCCAUAUGACUAAACAUGCUGGUAUAAAGCCAUAUCUUUGCCCAGAAUGUGGCAAAUCUUUCUCGCAGAAGAGUCAUUUAACUGAACAUUCAAAGAGCCACAGUGAUGAAAGACCCCAUCAAUGUCCCUACUGUGAGAAAGCCUUCAAGUCUAAAAGUAUUCUAACAGGACACAUCAAAAUCCACAAAGGUGAAAAAGCAUUCAAAUGUAUGGAAUGUGGUUAUGGUGCUUACACUCAGUUUAGGUUAACACAGCAUAUUUUGAGACAGCAUGAAAAGUCAAAUGGAAGUGUAGAUAUGCAUGGGAACACCCAUGUCUGUGUUAUUUGUAAACUAUCUUUCCCCAAAAUAUAUAAAUUGAACGUUCAUAUGGCAUCUGCUCAUAAAGUUGUAUUCAAGACAGAGAUGAAGUAGGUACUUAUAUUAAUAGAUUUGUUAUUUUUAGUUUUAUUUAUUUAAGGAAUCAUUUUAUUCUAUUUUAAAUUUCCAUCAUAUUUUUUGUAUUUAAUUUUUUGCUAUUAUGAUAGCUUUGUUAGGCAAUAUUACUUUAAUAAUAAAACAUUUCAGAAAU